AUGUCCGGUCACAGAAAACGUGUUUAUCCAAAGGCUCAAUUUGAUUAUAGUAAUCCAGCAACAAUCAGUGGUGGUGUGCCUCCACCCCAAGUUCCAGGCCAACAGGUUCCAUUUCAACCUCAAGUUUCACAACAACAAUUCAUGACUCCAAUUCAACAACAGUUGAACAACCAAAUUGAUCAAACUACUCAACAAGUCGCUAAUAUGAACUUAUAUGGUAACAAAGAUGGUAAUUUUGCACCACAGUAUAAUAUUAAUGCUGCUUCUCCAGUUAUUCCUCAGCAACAACAGAUUCCUUUACCACCUCAGCAAGAAGCUUUACAACAUUCGGGUACUACCUUUGGUAAGCCAAUGAAUCAACUAUACCCAGUUGAUUUAUUAACUGAAUUGCCACCACCAAUCACUGAUUUGGAAUUACCUCCACCACCUUUGGUUGUUCCAAAUAAUAAAGUCUUGUAUCCAAGUGACACUGUAAAUAAAUGCACUGAUUAUUUAAGAUGCACACUAAAUGCUAUUCCUAAAACUAAUGCUUUAUUAAAGAAAUCUAAAUUACCCUUUGCCUUAGUUAUCAGACCUUUUACUGAAUUGGAUGACGAUGAUGAAGAAAUUCCUAUCAAUACUGAUACCGUAUUGGUUAGGUGUCGUCGUUGUCGUUGUUACUUAAACCCAUUUGUCACUUUAAUCCAAGAUGGCAGGAGAUGGAGAUGUAAUUUUUGUAAUUUGGCUAACGAUUUCCCACUUGUUGAUAAUACUAAUUUUGCCACGCAAAUAUUGCCACAAAGACCGGAAAUGUUUUACUCUGUUGUUGAUCAUUUAGCUCCACCCCAAUAUUCUGUUAGAGCUCCACCACCCAGCGUCUAUUGUUUUAUUUUGGACUGUUCUCAUAAUGCUAUCAAAAACGGGUUAUUGGCCACUUCUGCAAGAACCAUUUUGGAAUCUUUAGAUUCUUUACCAAACAGGGAUGAUAGAACCAGAAUUGCCAUUUUAUGUGUGGACAAUGCUUUACAUUAUUUUAGCGUUCCUACUGAUGAUGAUGAUGGUGAUGAUGAUGCUGAUGCUGAUGCUGAUGGCGAUGAUAACCAAGAGAAGAAUGAAAAAGAUAAUAUUAAGAUGUUAGACGUUGGUGAUUUGACUGAACCCUUUUUACCGCUACCUGAAUCCUUGUUAGUCCCAUUAUUGCAAUGCAGAUCCAACUUGGAAAAAUUAUUGAACGCAAUCCCAGAAAUCUUUCAAUUUAAUAUUUCACCUAAAUUUGCCCUCGCUCCUGCCUUAAGAGCCGCCAGAAAUAUGAUUAAACAUAUUGGUGGUAAAAUAAUCGUUUGUUCUUCAACUUUACCUAACACAGAUGAUGAAGGAGCUUUGAAACCAAGAAGCGAAACAGGUUUAGCCAAUACUAAAAAGGAAGCCUCUACCCUAUUAACUCCACAAUCAGGGUUUUACAAAUCUUUUACAAUUGACUGUAAUAAGUCCCAAAUCACUAUCGAUCUAUUUUUGGCUUCUGACACUUAUAUUGAUGUUGCAACUCAAUCUAAUUUAGCUCGAUACACAGCUGGACAAACCCAUUUUUAUCCUGGUUGGAGCGCUACUAACUUGUCAGACGUAACUAAAUUUACCAAGGAGUUCUCUAAACAUAUUACUAUGGAUUUAUCUAUGGAAGCUGUGGUUAGAGCAAGGGGUACUAGCGGUUUGAAAAUGUCCGGAUUUUACGGACACUUCUUUAAUAGAUCUUCCGAUUUGUGUGCAUUUCCAACAGUUCCUAGAGAUCAAGCUUAUGUUUUUGAAGUUAGUAUUGAAGAAACCAUUGUUAAAGAAUAUUGUUAUUUCCAAGUUGCUUGCCUAAUGUCAUCCAACGCUGCUGAUCGUCGUAUAAGAGUUAUUACCAUUGCUUUGCCAACCACUGAUAAUAUUGGUCAAGUUUACGCCAGUGCUGACCAGUUGGCUUUAACCAAAUAUUUUGCUGUUAAAGCAGUUCAUAAUGUUAUUUCCACAGGGUUUGAAGAAACUAGAGAAUAUUUAGAUAAGCAAGUUCAAGAUAUUUUGUCUACAUACAAGGGUGAAAAUGUUGUUUCUAACACAGCAGGUGGUGCUCCAUUAAGAUUGUGUGCUAAUUUAAGAAUGCUCCCAUUAUUGAUGCAUGCCUUAACCAAAAACAUGGCCUUUAGAAAGGGUGUUGUCCCAAGUGAUCAUAGAGCAGCAGCUUUAAAUAAUUUGGAAAGUAUACCACUGGAAAAUCUUAUUAAAUCGAUUUAUCCAACAGUUUAUUCAUUGCAUGAUAUGCCUGAUGAGGCAGGUUUGCCCGAAGAGGAAUCCGGUGAAAUUCUUUUACCUCAACCAAUUAACGCCACAAUGUCCUUAUUUGAAAAGUAUGGUUUGUAUUUAAUGGAUACUAAUAACGAAUUGUUUUUAUGGGUUGGUGGUGAUUCAGUUAAUGAAUUGAUCAUGGAUGUUUUUGGUACUCCUAACAUUUUUGAAAUCCCGAUUGGUAAAAAUGAGUUACCGGCUUUGGAAAAUUCUGAAUUUAAUACACGUGUUAGGAAUAUUGUUUCUAAGAUAAGGGAAUCAAGUGAUGUGGUCACUUAUAAGAACUUGUAUAUUGUUAGGGGUGCUGGUAUUUCCGAGCCUGUUGAUCAUCCAUCAGCUAGAGAAUUGAGUUCAUUGCGUUUGUGGGUUGGGAGUUAUUUGGUUGAAGAUAAAGUUUUGAAUACAUUAAGUUAUCGCGAAUACUUACAAACUUUAAAAAACAAGAUUACAAAAUGA